UUGAAAGCCUCUCCGUCGAAUUUCGUUUUCUCAAAAGGUGUCGAGUGCUCAAUCGCGUCUGGAAUAUCACGAUUUUGCCAAGAGGAUUCCGCAAUAAUGGCAUAUCGCCAGCUCCCAGACUUCGUGGAGGAUUCCCCGAUGAGACCGGUGCUGAAAAAACCACCGGCAUCUCCAGCAACACCAUCGGAUAUCGAAGCUGAUCGUCAAACUGGUCGCCAUCUUCACAGCGCUUCACCCUUCACAUUCAAGUCAUUUCUUACCCCUCGGCGCGGUAAUUCAAAGCCCGAGGAGAAGAUGAGCCCCUCGAUGGAGAUGCUGAUCAAGAGAUUGGACACGUUGACCCUGAAGACCCCGAGGCGAAGCCCAAAGAAACCGGAGAACAAGGACGGUAGCUUCAUCGAUGAAUCGCCAGAGGACAGCGAGUCCCACAUGAAUUCCAUCCGAAAUGCUCUAAUGAGGCGUUUUUCCUCGAUAAAUCCUGACCAGAGAAAUCCAGUGCAGGGGAAACCCGUGGAUGCUGAUACCCUGAAGCAGGCGCUUAAGCGAGAGCACGAGAGAUGCCUGAACGCCAGUUUGGACCUCGAUAAGAUCGAUUUGAAUGCAUUAUUCACUGAGGAGCAGUCGGAUUCGGGACGGGACGAGACUAACGAGAAAAUGCGACGAGAUUUGUCUCAGGAUUUUGAUGAGGAGUGCGAGGAAUUGCCUUUUGCUGAGGCCGAGAAGCCGCUCCAGUGUUUGGCUGUUGCUGAGGAAGUCUCAGAGCUGGAUCAGAGUCUCCAAGCGGUCUCGGAGGUUGUCUUCUGGUUGGCUCUGAGCAACAAAAACCUCCAGGAGGAGAAGAAGAGAUAUCCCCGGGGUCGGGGGAGUGAUGUCCUUGGUGAGGACAUCGUCAAGUCCGCUGUUCAGGAAAAUGUCGGUCAUCUUGUCACUGAUGCGCAGAGGGAGAUAAUCGAGGACAAUUUCCUUCGAGAGUUGUAUACCGAGUUUGGAAUGAAAAACUCAGGGGUUGAGGACACCUGGAGCAUCGUACCCGAGGUGGGAACACCAUCGAGAGAUCCUGGGAAUAUCUCCACGUCUGAUAAUACUCCAGCUGCGUCGUUUACUACGACGAGCUUUGGAGAGACCGAUAUGCAGUUUACACCACCUGUUAACACAUCGAUUAUGUCUCAGGGUGUAGCUGACUCGGUGACCUCCACCGACGAGAGACUUCAGGAUUCUCACGGGGAGUUAGCACCACCUGUUACCUCGAGCAUUGCCUCUCGGGGGGAAUCAGGGCCGAAGUCGACCAGUGGCACGUCUAUUCUUCCGUUUGAUAUCAAGGAAGAGUCACCAGUUGUUCUGGAGAAGUCACAGGAUCUCAUGAUGUUCACACCGGAGCCUGACGCAACUGUUGAUAUUGCUGAUGACUCUCUCGAGGCCAUCAAUGAUUCAGUCGUCGAAAUUGCUGCCACCACAAUGUACUAUGACUGCCAGGAAGAUGCCAAUGAGACUAUCGAUCUCUGUAGUCCUCUGAACAAAUCUGUCAGUCCCAGACUCAAAACUCCUGUUGUUCGGAAGAAUAUCUCUCCCAGGAAUAAAAUUCUUUUGCGUCGGGUUAAACAGGCCUCCUCCCCUGCAUAUGUUAGGCCUAAAGGUGUGCCAUUUCCACCGUCACACAAGCUCACAGUAGCUGAGGUGUUUGAUGCACGAACUGGGAGGCCACGUCCUGAUGUUCUCAAACAUCACUUCAUCCUCGAGGGGAGGAUCGACGAGGCAGCAGCACUACGCAUUGUCAAUGAUGGUGCUGCACUUCUCAGAUCAGAGAAGACUAUGAUCGACAUCGAAGCUCCAGUCACAGUUUGCGGUGAUAUUCACGGACAGUUCUACGACCUCAUGAAAUUAUUUGAAGUUGGAGGUCCACCGUCUACGACAAAAUACCUCUUCCUGGGGGAUUACGUGGACAGGGGCUAUUUUAGUAUCGAGUGUGUACUGUACCUGUGGGCAUUGAAAUUGUGCCAUCCAACCACACUCUUCCUACUCAGAGGCAACCACGAGUGCAGGCAUCUCACAGAAUAUUUCACAUUUAAGCAAGAAUGUAAAAUAAAGUAUUCUGAAAGGGUUUACGAUGCAUGUAUGGACGCAUUCGACUGUUUACCACUAGCUGCCCUGAUGAACCAGCAAUUUCUCUGCGUACACGGUGGCCUAUCACCGGAAAUUCAUCACUUAGAAGAUAUCCGAAAGUUGGACAGGUUCAAAGAGCCACCGGCAUUUGGACCAAUGUGCGAUCUCCUCUGGUCAGAUCCUCUUGAAGACUUUGGUAAUGAGAAGAACGCUGAGCAUUUCUCUCACAACAGUGUCAGAGGCUGUUCGUACUUCUACAGCUACGCAGCGUGUUGUGACUUUCUACAAAACAACAGUCUCUUGAGCAUUAUUAGGGCACACGAGGCACAAGAUGCUGGAUAUCGUAUGUACCGUAAGUCGCAAACGACGGGCUUCCCAUCGCUUAUCACCAUCUUCAGUGCACCAAACUACCUCGAUGUGUACAAUAAUAAGGCGGCUGUGCUCAAAUAUGAGAACAAUGUGAUGAACAUCAGACAAUUCAACUGCUCACCACAUCCCUACUGGCUACCCAACUUCAUGGAUGUAUUCACGUGGUCCUUGCCAUUUGUCGGUGAAAAAGUCACGGAGAUGCUGGUCAAUGUACUCAACAUUUGCUCGGACGACGAACUCAUGAGCGAAGGAGACGACGCCCUCGAAGAAGAUGUUGCAGCCAAAGUCGUUGUACAAAAAAAAAAUGGUGCAGCAGCAAACUUACGAAAGGAAGUUAUCAGGAAUAAGAUACGAGCUAUUGGAAAAAUGGCUCGAGUCUUCUCUGUCCUCAGGGAAGAGAGUGAGAGUGUCCUGCAGCUCAAGGGCCUCACACCAACUGGUGCUCUACCUCUGGGUGCCCUAUCCGGUGGAAAAACAUCCCUGAAGAAUGCACUCCAAGGAUUCUCACCGAAUCACAAAAUCACAUCAUUCGCUGAGGCUAAAGGUCUGGAUGCCAUUAACGAGAGAAUGCCACCACGAAAAGACGCACCACCAACACCAGUAAGUGAAGAAAAACCCGUUAUAAAAACACCAACGUCAACUACGUCAGAGAAACGGGAACAUUGUGCCCAGGCACCCCAUUCGUGAGUCUCAUAAGGAUCCAAUAUCGAGGUGACAAUUGCAAGGGAUUAAGCUCCAGUCUAGGUCGCCAAAUCACAAUUUUACAAGCAUUGAUCGUCUCCCCACUUCCCCCUGGAUUAGAAAUAGUUCAUUGGGCCGAGUAAAGCAUAAUUAAUUGAGAGAAAAAAUGGUAAAAAGAUAAAAAAAAAAUACAACAUGGUUGAGGGAGAUUAGAAUGAUGGGCAAUCACAUGUGGAGGGGCCCAGUGUCAGGAUGUGGAUGAAUAAUUGAGUAUUGCUGAUACGUAAGGAUUAAAAAAUAUAUGAGGAAUGAACGAGACAACAUUUGGGGCAUGCGCGUGUGAUUCAAGCAAGAGAGAACAACGCCCACGUUGAACAAUCAUGAAUUAACCCACCCAGCGGAUAGAAAUAUUAACAUUACGAGGGAGAAAUGAAUUAUGGGAAUCAUAAGUUUCAGUGGAUUAUCAAGUAAAGAGCUAUAACUCCCGUUAUGAUUAAAAAAUGAAAUAAUUAAAAUGCCAAUGAGAUAGAGAGAAUCGAGUGUGGGAGGCAUCACCGUCUACUCGCAGCUGGUCUGCCAUAACGUACGGUGAAAUAUUUCGUUUUUCUUCUUUCUCUUUUGUUUACUUUAAAAAUGAAAAAAAAAAUGGAAGAAAUAAAAAAAAAUUGGAGAUGAUGAUGGAAUGUGCAGGGAGAGUACUAUUUAAUACUAAUUAAUUAACACAAUUUUCACUCACAUAUUGCGAACACUCCUGAGAGAAUUAAUCGUGCACCCUAUGGUGGGUUUAUUACCGUAUUAAUAUAACAUCCAAAUUUUCACGUAUAUUAAAGGAUUAUAAUGGAAUGAAUUUUAAAUUCUAUGGGAGUUAUCACUCGACGUCGUUUGGAGCUCGAGGUGGUGAUUUAUUUUCUUCAUAUUUUCGAUUAUUUUUCAUGGAAAUGGGACAGUUGAGGAUGUGAAUAGCUCUCUCAGAUUAAAUUGACACUUUGGGCUGUUCUAUACGAUUUUUAAUCUUGCCAGGUGGAUAGUUUUGUUUUUCCCAUUAUCUCGUAACUUUUUGAUUCCUCUGAGAUCUAGUCAAUCUAGUCCAUGCAGUACCCCAACUUGUGCAUGAAUAUCUCGUGCAAUAUAACGAUGUCAAUCUCAGGUUUUCUAUUAAUUCCUUGAAUACGUUUUAGAUGUAUCGUUAUGGGUGAUUGUUAUAACAGUUGUUGUUUUAUUUGUUGUCCUCGAGCCUCCAGACGGCGUGUAGCGAUAGUGAUUGUAGGAUAAACUUGAAUCUCGAUUAAGAUGAAACAAUUAUUUAAAAAAAAAACGAAGAUAGCGCGAAGGAAGGGUGAGGAUUAUAAAUUAUCUUAUUAUUAAUGAUGAGCCAUGACAUCUUCGGUUUUGAAUUUGGUGGGGGGAGGAAUAAUGGGUAUGUGGCCCCUGUUUUGGUUCAAUGGAGAUGGGAAAUUUAUUUAAUCGCACGUUUUAUCUGGAAUACAAGGGAAUUUGGUUAUUUCUUAUGGACGAAUUUAUCGAGCCAUGUUAUAGGUAAAUUAAGAAUGAAAGUUUUUGGGGAGUUGUCGAUGAGAGGUUGGGGGACCGAUAAACAAAUAAAACGGUUACAAGAGAAUAUAUUGGGAUGGUGAAAAUAAAUAUGAAAGCAGAUAAAAAUUAAAUGAUAAAACAAAAAAAAACAUAAUAGCGUUGAAUCUUUUAUGAUUUUUAAUGUGUGUUCUUGCUAUUGAGGAUAAGAAAUAAAAGUGGAUUUCAGCCACCAAAAAAAAAUGAUGAAUAAAAUAAAGUAAAGUAAAUAUAUUUAAAACAAAAAAAAAAACAAACUCUCUCCCUCCCUGGGUGUCGCCUGUACCUCUAUAUACACCGGAAGUGGAUUCUUUGCCGAUGAAUUAAUUAAAUAAUUGAGUGAAUAAGUAACGUAAGACUCUCAAGCACAAUGUCAUGAGGAAUCAUAAGGUUUAGUCGUAAUUUGUCAAUCCCACUCUCACUAUUUUUCUCUCAAUAUUCUACCCUUUGAAUAAUUUUUCCCCCAGAGUGGUGCUUCCGUCGUUUUGGAGGCCAAAGCAAAAUUAACUGUUCAUUAUUAAUGUUAAUUAAUCACGGUAAUUAAAUAACGAAGUGGAAAAAAUAAAACACUGAAUGGCAAAGAUCCCUUUCGCGUCGUAGGGCGACACUGAAUUUAACGAUUAAAAGAUGAAUAAAACGUACCGAGGAAUAAAGUGGAAAAUAAGCAGAAAAAAAAAUGCGAAUAAGAGAAUUAAAUAACAAAAAAAAAAUAUAUAAAGAAUUAUCUUUCACUCUGUCUCUUCACUAUGAUAAUUAUAUAAUGAAUAAUAAUGAAUAAUUCUAUCUCUCUUUGCUACCAAGUUGUACUUAUUCUUAAUUGAUUUACUUGUACAAAAACAAAAUAAGAACAUGUGUUAAAUAAUAAAAAAAAAUUACAUAAUAUAAUAUAAAGAAAAUGAAAGAAUGAUGAUCAGCAUUAUAUAUACAUUAAUGUGUAUAUAUAUAUGCGUAUAUAAAUACUUACGUGAGUAAAUGCAACAUUCGUACAUAUCUGUGAACAUAUACAUAUAUCUAUGCCAUAAAUAUACGAGUAUUCAUAUGUAUAUAUAUACACAUGUAUAUGUGUAUUUGUAGAUAUGUAUGGGUGGUGCGUAUAUCAUCAUAAUAUAAAUUACCUAUUAUUGAUAAUUAUUAUCAUUAAUAUUCAUUAAUAUCUCUAUCGGAAAAAAAAAAUAAUUAUAAUAAAAGCUGGAGAAAUGAAAUAGUUAACGAAUGAAUUUUGAGUUGAGAUAUGAGUAAUGCUGAAUUUCACUUUAAAACAUAUAUUGCAACGUCAUGUGAUUGUAUUUAUCAUGCAAAUUAGGUAAAAAUAAUUCAGAAUUAUGAUUGGGGAUAAUCAAAUUUGAGAAAUGAAAAACGUUUUGGGAGAAAAUUUAUGGUAAACUUUCUGACUCACUUCCUUGUUUUUUCGUCUGUACAUUUAAAACUUCAUGAACCUUUUAAUAAAUAAAUAAUUAAAAUGAUAAUGAAUAUUACGGUGUACAAUGGACAAUUGAGGAAUCGUCUGUUGAGUGAUUUUUUUUUUUAAAUGAUUCAUCUGGUUUGAGUGAUUCUGAGUGUGAGUGACACCUCGUUAUUUUUUUAUGACGACUCGUCGGUUUUUAUUCUUCCGGGGAAUAUCGUUUUUUCAAUGAUUCAAGCCUAAAUGAAAUAUUUGGUGCACGUGGGCGAGUGAUUAUCUCUGGCAUGAAUCUGAUCAUCUGAUUUCACAACUCGUAUUUUCAUUUUUCUUUUCAUUCUCACUCUCUUUUUUCAAUUUUCUAUAUAUCGAGAGGAUUUUAAACGGAAUUUUAAUGGGUGUGGCUGACAGUCUCGAAUAUUCAUAUAAAAACUAUUAGAGAUUUCUAAAUAAAUAGAUAAUCUAUGAUAUUUCUGCCUAGCCUUGUGAAACCUAGUGAAUUUUCUCUGCAUUUUUAUACAUCAGAUCAAAGUGACGCUCUGUCAAAUUUCUCUUAAACCUUUUCAUCAAAAUUAUCCUUCUGAAAAUUAAUAUGUCGGUGUCUGCUACAACCCUCAGCCCUCCUUCAUCUCGAAUCCCUUUUAUUUAUUCUUAAUCCCAUAAAUUUCAUUCCCAUCAAUAAUCCUCCAUAAAACCUGGCAACAAUUGGCAUAAUUAUUCAAAAAAAUGCAUGACUACUAUCGCCGAGGAAAAAAUUUUCAUACUGUCCCUUCGUAACAAACGAAAUGACAAUUUUAAAAUUAUGAAAUUGUACAUAAACGUGCGUUUGCUAUUACUAGAACUGUUACUAACUCUAAGAUCUUUGACUAUUGAAUUUUGUUUUUAAAUCGAUGCUAAAAUUUCGAGAGAUAAGAGAUAACGAAAGAAAAGUAUUUUAGAGAAAACGGGAAAUAA